UAAAGACUCUCCCGCCGUCUCCACUUGACCACCAUCUCAUCUAGCAUCCAUCCAACUACUACAUCGUUAUCGUUGCAUAUUACUGAACAACUCAAAUCGCUCUAAUACCCGCGUACCAUACCCGAUCUUUAUCCAUCAUGACAAAGUCCCUCACCAAGGUUGUGUACAAGCCCGACACUCAGUCAACAGACGAGUAUAUUGUCUUUGUAAAUCCAGCGGAGUACAAGAAAUGGAAAGCAGGAGGUAAGCAUCUUGGCUUUUAUCAGAUGAUCCCUUUCAAAAUGUUCUACUCCAAUCAAGGUGCACAGGGCAUUCUGGGUGCCCCGUCAAAACAACAGCUGGAUACUAUCUUUGGCACGACGAAAGAUGUUGACUGCAUGACACAGAUCCUGGAGAAGGGGAAAGAUCAGGCUGGGAAUGGCAUCUCUGCUGGUGGAAUGACAGCCACGAAUGCUGCACGUGGGAGCUUCGACAAUAAGGGCAAGGGACCUAUCAUAUGAUCAUCAUGGUCAUGAUUGUGGAAAUGUUUGUAACAAAGUCAUAAUGUAUCACUAGAACAAUCACUCGCGCCCUCUCUGAU